GGGCUCCAGAUUCGCAGCUGUAGGUAGCAGAGGCGGGGGCCUGGGCCUUGUCCUGUGCGUGGGGACCGCUACCUCGCCAUGGCCGCUCCAGGGCGCCUCCUGAUCCGCGGUGGGCGCGUGGUCAACGACGACGCCUCGCAGGUGGCCGACGUGCUGGUGGAGGACGGCGUGGUGCGGGCGCUCGGGCACGACCUGCUGCCGCCCGGGGCCGCGCCCGCGGGGCUGCGGGUCCUCGACGCCGCGGGAAAGCUCGUGCUGCCCGGGGGCAUCGACACGCACACUCACAUGCAGUUCCCCUUCAUGGGCUCGCGGUCGGUGGACGACUUCCACCAGGGCACCAAGGCUGCCCUGGCCGGAGGCACCACCAUGAUCAUCGAUUUUGCCAUUCCUCAGAAAGGAGGCUCCCUGAUCGAGGCCUUCGAGACCUGGCGCGGCUGGGCUGACCCCAAAGUCUGCUGUGACUACAGUCUUCACGUGGCGGUGACGUGGUGGAGUGACCAGGUUAAGGAAGAAAUGAAAAUCCUAACUCAAGAGAAAGGUGUUAAUUCUUUUAAGAUGUUUAUGGCCUAUAAAGACCUGUACAUGGUGGGAGACGUGGAGCUGUAUGCGGCCUUCUCACGGUGCAAGGAAAUUGGAGCCAUUGCUCAGGUCCAUGCAGAGAACGGAGACUUAAUUGCAGAGGGAGCAAAGAAGAUGCUGGCUUUGGGAAUAACAGGCCCUGAAGGCCACGAGCUGUGCCGCCCAGAGGCAGUGGAGGCAGAGGCCACGCUGAGAGCCAUCACCAUUGCCAAUGCUGUGAAUUGCCCCCUGUACAUCGUGCAUGUGAUGAGCAAGUCUGCAGCCAAGGUCAUAGCCGAUGCAAGGAGAGAUGGGAAGGUGGUCUAUGGAGAACCCAUAGCAGCAAGUCUCGGCACUGAUGGCACUCACUAUUGGAAUAAAGAAUGGCACCACGCAGCCCACCAUGUUAUGGGCCCACCCCUGAGACCAGACCCUUCAACGCCCAGCUUCCUCAUGAACCUGCUGGCUAAUGAUGAUCUAACCACAACAGGGACUGACCACUGCACUUUCAACACCUGCCAGAAGGCUCUUGGGAAGGAUGACUUUACUAAGAUUCCCAAUGGCGUGAAUGGUGUUGAGGACCGGAUGUCAGUAAUAUGGGAGAAAGGCGUGCAUAGUGGUAAAAUGGAUGAAAACCAAUUUGUUGCAGUUACCAGCACCAAUGCAGCCAAAAUCUUUAAUCUUUAUCCAAGAAAAGGAAGAAUAGCUGUAGGAUCAGAUGCUGACAUUGUGAUUUGGGACCCAAAAGCCACAAGAACCAUCUCAGCAAAAACUCAUCAUCAAGCUGUCAACUUCAACAUCUUCGAGGGCAUGGUUUGCCAUGGCGUGCCGCUUGUGACUAUUUCAAGAGGCAAAGUGGUGUACGAAGCUGGAGUCUUCAACAUCGCGGCAGGAGAUGGGAAGUUUAUUCCUCGCAAGCCCUUUGCAGAAUAUAUUUACAAACGAAUCAAGCAGAGAGACCAGACUUGCACACCUACCCCAGUGGAGCGUGCACCCUAUAGAGGAGAAGUGAUUUCAUUGGAAUCCAGAGGAACAAAAGAAGACUCCGUGGCUGGGACCAGGAAAGAGGCCCAGGCCUGAGCUGGGUACUGUUGCCAGCCCCGACAAGAUUCUCCAGAGUGGCAUCUGGCUGUAGAAAUAGCAUCUGGCUCUCAAACUCUCCCGCACAACUGUGGGCUCGAACCCGCCUGGCUACUGUCACGACCGGACCGGCAGCAGCCUCAGCAUUGAAGCUGAAGACCUGAACUCCACUGCAAGCAAACGCAGGAACGAGAGUCACAGCGAACGUCUGAUUUGAUUUUACCGUUACCGUGUCGUUUUUAUCAGACUGACCUGCUUGUGCCUUCUCAGGCCCUCCUCGUGGUUCGCCUCACUUUAACAAAGAUGGAUCUUCUUGACUCACGCUUAGGCAUCGCCUUGUUCUGUUCACAGCACACACGUUGACCACAGCCUCUUUUUACCUGGGCACCAGUAAGACUUGAAACACUCAGCUGGGGCCCACUCACACUAAUACUAUCCGAAUACUACUAAUAACGAAGAUCACUGCAUGUUUUCUUUCCAGGGUGAAUUUGCACAUCUUCUGGAAGAACUCUCUUCCAUACCUGCACCAUUCACAGGCAGCAUGGAUUGGCCCGGCCUGGGCAUAGCAGCUGGUCCUGUUCCUCACCUGAGGUGCAUACCCCCAUUUUCGCCUUUCCACAAAGCACCAUAUUGACGCUAGAUUAGUACCUGUCCCUCAGAAGGCCCUAGUGGCUCAGCUCCAUGUAUUGCUGAGGUCGUCAGUCUGGCGCCUUCCUCAAUGACUAGCCUGGGAAAGAUAUUCUCUAAAGGGCUGAUUCUGCAUAAGCCAUGUGGGUGAUUCUUGUAGAGGAACAUCCUUGUCAUUUCUUCAUUGUACUGGGAGGAAUUGUGUCCACCACCUCACACCCCCAAGAAAAAGAUAUAUUCAAGCCCUAGAUCCCCAUACUUGUGAACAUAAUUAGCCUUUCAUAUAAGUCAGGGUCAGGUUUUAUAAGUCAUGUAGAGAUGAUUUGAAGGAUAUAGGCAGGUGUGCAUAGGUUAAGUGUAAAUGUUACACCAUUUUAUGUAAGGGACUUGUGCUUCUGUGGAAUUCGGUAUCCACAGGAGGGCUGGAACCAAUCUCUCCUGGAUGCUGAGGGAUAACCACAUAACCUGAUUCGGGAAAUAGGGUUCUUGCACAUGUAAUCAACUUACAAUGAGGUCAUACUGGAUUAGGGCGGGCUCCAAUCCAGUAGCUGUUGUUCUCAAAAGAAGAGAGAAUUUGGACACAGAGGGGAGCCUGUCACGGGAAGACAAAGGCAGAGAUUGGAGUCAGACUGCCCAUCAAGCAAGGAGUGCCAAGGAUUGCCAACAGCGCCCAGUGGUGGAGGAGACCAGGGAGGAUUUUCCCUGGAGAUUUCAGAGGGAGUGUGGCCCUGCUGGCACCUUGAAUUUAUUUCCUGCCUUCAGAAAGGCAACAGCAUACAUUCUGUUGUGUUAAGCCAGUCAGUGUGGGGUUAUUCGUUACAGCACACCUAAGACCAAAUACACUCACCAACUGGAUCACUAGGUAGAGGUGAGUGGUUAGAGUUCUCCAGAGCCUCCUAACUUCAAGACCCAACUCCCUCGGGAUAAAGGGGAUUUGCCCAGCUUGUUCUUUGGGUGAUAACACUUUCUGUGCUUUUGAAUGUGAGAAAAAAAUCUUAGAGAUUUCCUCAUCUUCCAAAACUGCUCAGUAAUCAAAUAACAAAAGACACAAUUCAUUAGACAAUAUUUGAAUCAUUGCCUAAAUGUGUGCAGGUCCUGGGUAUGAAUGCCUGAUAUUCUGGUGCGGGGCUACCUGAAAGCUUCCCCACUCAGUGCUGUAAACCAUUGGACCUCCCCUCCCAUGCCCAUCCACUGAUGUGAGCACCCCAGGUUGGCUCAUGAACCUGCAAGGGCCACAGGAAAUUUGGGGAUUGGCUGUGAAAAGUAUUGAGAAUUGUAAAUUCUGCCCUUGCAAAAGGCUCUGAACACAAUGGUUUUAAUUUGGGGAGGCCAGCGCUGUGGUGUAGUAGGCUAAGCCUCUGCCUGUGGCACCAGCAUCCCACAUGGGUGCUGGUUCUAGUUCCAAAAGUUCCCCUUCCCAUCCAGCUCUGUGUUAAUGUAUCUGUGAAAGCACAGAUGGCCUGCAUCCACAUGGGAGACCAGAAGAAGCUCCUGGCUCCUGGCUUUGGAUUGGCCCAGCUCCAGCCAUUUCAGCCAUUAGGGAGUGAACCGGGGGGAUGGAAGGUGUCUCUCUCUCUCUCUCUCUCUCUCUUUCUCUCUCUCUAACUCUGCCUUUCAAAUAAAUAGAUAAACCUUAAAAAGAUUAAUACCCAAACUUAAUUCUACCAUCUAAAGAUAAGAUGCAUUGUGAUAACUGAUCUGAGUGUCUGGUUGCUCUGGGAAAAUUCAGCAGAUCUGUAGGAAACCAAGAACUGGCUCCCUGUCGGAGGGGGCAUGCACAGUCUGGCUUGCCCCUGUCCACCUGCUUAGCACCACUAAUUUGUGGUUAUCUCCCUGUCCCUGCAAGUCCUGGAGUUUGCAAGCCCUGGGAUAGGGGAAGAGAAGCAGAGGCCUGGACUCACAGGGUGGCGGUCGGGAUUAUAAAUUACAGAGUACUGGGAAGUGAGCAAAAGAACAUGGAACAAGAAAGAUCAGACAGCCGAGGUCACAGAAGCAAAAGGUCUUGUCCAAAAAUCCAGGGACCAGGUAUUCAUCUAUUUUUAGAUAAAGUAACAGGAUGUGGGCACCAAAAAAGAGUGGUCAGUUCCCCAACACAGCACAAUGGUGAUGACUUAGGCACAACAUCCUCUU